AUGGCGUCCAAGAAGAAACAAGGCGGCAUCCGCAAGAGGGACGGCAUUCAUUUCGUGAAUGCGCGUCCGGCCUCUGAGACGGAGCGAUUGAGAGCGCACCGGCUCGUACGAGCGCAUGUGGGGAGAUGGAUUUCCGAUCAGACGAAAGGGUCUAAAGACCGCGCGGAUGCCGAGGCUGCGACAACAACCUCAACCGUGGAGGCGAAGCAGCCGACUAGUUCGACUGGUGCGCGCGCUCGAAAGUCUUCAUCUACCUCGGGAGAUUGCUCUGGCAGCGAUGCGGGGGUCGGUCCGUCGAGCUGGACUCUCGUCUCGCGUCCCUCGCCUCAGACUCGCUAUGUCACCGUGGGCCCCCACCGGCACCCGCACGCGCUGAACGCGCGACCGUCCGAAUGGCAGUCUGUCGCCUUUCCGCCAUCCCAAGCCAGCGACAGCAGUGAUAGCAGCGAUGAUGCUCAAACACCAAGCUUGUCGAAACAGCCAGUGGCAUUUGUGCCCUGGUAUGAGGUGUCGCGCAUUGAGCCGCAGAUCUCGGGCUACUUUAACCCCUUCGGGACAUAUCCGACAAGCUUCCCGCCGGACGUGGUGGACAUGAGCGAAACAUACCUAUCAACGGUGAUCUGGCCCGGGCUCGUACCCAGAUCUGGCCGCCUUAAAAAGGCAGGCGAGUCCUGGCUUCCACUGUCACUAUCCGACCCAGCGCUCUUCACGGCAUUCAUGUAUGGGUCUCUCUGCCACCAGCGGGUGCAAUGGCUCAACCAGAAAAUCCCCAGCUCCAAAUUCGGGGCAAAGGAGCAACGUGUCUUGCAACUCUGCGAGAUGGAAGCGAUCAAAUUGAUCAACCAAGCAAUGAACGAUCCCUCGCGACGGGUCAGCGAUGCAGUCUUGCUAAGUGUUAUUUGCAUGGCGCACCACCAGGCUGGUGAUGAUACAUUCAAGAGGUGCCUUCCAACCCCAUUUAGAGCUCCCCUGCAGAACCUGCAAUGGCUGAGCGUCUACGGGUGUCUCCCGCCCAACAUGAUUCAUAUCCAGGGCCUUGUCCAGCUAAUCAUCAUGCGCGGUGGGCUCCAAAACAUUAAAACCAACGGACUAGCAGCAACAAUCAGCUUCUCGGCCUUGUUCACUGCCAGCGUCCUCUGCGUGAAACCGGGCUUCGAAUUCUGGCCCGUCGACGAGUCCCGUUACGGAAUCACCCUUCAAGCCCUACUCGGCUUCAGUCAUUCCGACGUGACCCGUGGCUUCGGCAGGCUCCUCACUAUCGGCGUCAUUCCCGAAAUGGCAGAAGCCUUCACAGCCGUCCGAACGUAUAUCAACAUCGUCAAAAUCGGUCUCGAGAGGGGCUACGAUGUUUCCUUAAUUACAGACCAGCGAAACCUAACCCAGCACACCCUCUUCUCCCUCCUGCCCGCCCCCGAACUCUCACAUUUAUUCACCGAUCUCACCCAGGCAACAACCUAUGAGGCAUGCCGCCUAGCAUCGUGGAUCUUCGCUGUCGGCGUGAUCUUCCCGAUUCCGGCCCAGAGUACCCCGCUUGGCCGACUAGCCAAGGAGCUCCAGGGUGUUCUUCGUGCACCCACCGCGUCGUCUUUAUGGUCCUCGCCACAUUCGCGCAUUCCACUGAUAUGGAUUUUGAUGUUGGGCGGUAUUGCCGCAACCGCCAUGCCAGAGCGACCUUGGUUCGUUUCAGUACUUGGAAAAACACUGCAGAGGAGUGGUAUAUCCUCCUGGAUAGGCAUGAGGCGGGUCCUGGACAUGAUGCUUUGGUAUGAUCUGGCCUGUGAUGAGUCUGCCGAGGCUCUCUAUCGUGAUGCGAGCAUUCUACCCGAAUCAUAUACUGCGUAA